ACUGUGCCUCGUGUAUUACAGGCUUAAUUUUAAGACUUAUAUAGACACUUGUGCUAGAAGAACCGGGGCUGUGCUGCCCGGGGAGGACAGAUACCCGGCGCAAGAUAGGACUUUACUGACACCUACAUACAUACAAACACAGUGCUUAGGUCAAGAUGGCUGUCAUAGGUACAACCUUGGAUUGGGGAUUUUGUUUGCUUCUUAUGGUUAUUUUGGUGGACAUCAGUGGCGUGACCAGCCAGGAACCCACAAAAAAUGAUAUCAGGGCUCCAAAUCCACCAACACAUCAAGAGUGUCGGCUACACAUAGAUGCAGCCCUCAGGGACUAUUGGGAUAGACAGCCACCUAAUCCACCUAUAGACAAGAAGACGGAUGAUGUGGGUGUCGAUACGAGUUCCCACGAAGAGGAUAUCCUUAACUCGACAAAUGAAGAGAUAACAGAUGAAACUGAAGAAACAGGAGGUGAAGAGGAUUUAGACGAAAGCUCUAAAGAAGAAGAACACGAAAAUCCUUCAUUGCGACGAGAAGAAACAUUCGACGACGAAUAUAACAAAGAGUCCCAGAGUGACGAAAAUGUAGAAGAAUCUGAAGAGCAGGAAAUUAUAGAAAAACUCGAAGAUGAAACUGGUCCAUGGAUAGUUACAAAACAGGAAGAAGAAUCAGAAAACAUUGAUUCCGAAAAGGAAUAUUUUGAAGAAAAUGUAGAAAAAAGUGAAGAAGGAUUACAUGAAGCUGAAAAGGAAGUUCCACCUGAAGCUGAAGAAAGUGAAGAAGGAUUACACGAGGCUGAAAAGGAAGAUCCACUUGAAGCUGAAGAAGCUUUAAAGGAAGUUUCAGCUGAAGACGAGGGAGAAGAAGAAGGUUCAAAAGAAAUAGUUGAAAAAGAAGAAGAAGGAGAUAAGUUCAGAGAUAAGAAAUCAGGUGGAAUUGAAGAAAAUAAAGUUGAAGCGGAAGAUGCUAUAAUUAAAACGACAGUAGAUCAGGGUGCAUUAACUGAUGCUGAAGACGAAAUAGCUUCAGAAGAAAAUCAGGUCGAAGAUUCAAGGCCAGACGAGUCAGAAAUAGACAUACCUCAAGAAACUGUGAUAACAGAAGAGGGCACAAAAGAUGAGAAUGCUAAAGAUGCAACCUUCGAGGGUGCAACUGAUAUAGAACAGGAAUUAUUAUCAGGAGUCUCUUCAUCAGAACAGACCGAGAUCACACCACAAAAAGACGAAGAAACGGAGGAACAAGAUGAUGAAGAGAUGCUAGCUAAGAAAGAUGAGGAUGAAAUCGAUGAUGACGACGAAGAAGAAGUAUUUAAUCCCAAAAGAACUCUAUCGCGUUCAAGAGUACACAUCGAUGAGAUCUUAGGAGUGGACGAAAUUGGAACAAAAGCAGACAAAGAAGAACAAGAAUUAAUUCAGAACAUUCUUAAUGAACUGAAAAAGAUGUACAAUUCGGCUAUCAAACCUCUGGAAAAUAUCUAUAAAUACAAGGAGAUAACCACAAGACAAUUGGGUGAUGCUGAAAUUUACUCAACGCCUCAAGUGUUGUUUCUGGGCCCAUGGAGCUCUGGAAAGAGCAGCAUAAUUAACUACCUUCUUGGAAUCGAAAGAACCCCAGCGGCUAGAAAAGAAGCACCUGAGCCUACAGACACAGAUUUUACUGUCAUCACAUAUGGGAACGAACCUCAAAAACUAAGCGGCACGGAAUUAGCUGCCGAUUGGUCGUACGCUAGCGUCCAAAAAUUUGGCCAGUUUUUCUUGGAUCAUUUCAAAGGUUUCCGAUUGAAUCACCCUCUUUUGAAAAAGGUGACACUGCUUGACACUCCUGGGAUUAACGAAAACCGAAGACAUCAGAACAGAGGAUACCCAUUUAACGAAGUUUUCCAGUGGUUCAUUGAUCAUGCCGACGCGAUCUACGUUGUGUUCGACCCAUUCAAGUUGGAGAUUGGUAGUGAGAUGGAAUCCAUAUUAGACCAAUUGAAGGGAAGAGAGGCCCAGAUUCGAUUCAUUUUGAACAAGGCUGAUACUAUCCGGCCCAGUGAAUUGAUGAAGGUAGUAGGGCAGCUUUUCUGGAACCUUUCUCCUUUGAUGGGCAGCUCGGAAGCACCUGUCAUUUAUGCCGUCUCUUUGAUGAGCAAACCCUUCCACUCAGGAACUUCUGCAAACUUCUUAAUGGAUCAGGAAAAGGCAUUGCUAAAUGACCUCAGAGAAAUAGUCGACAAGAGAGUGGAAAAUAGGAUUUCUUUCGCCCGUCGUCACGCCGUGCGGGUGCGGAACCACGCUAAGAUGGUUGACUGUUAUUUAGCAACCUACUAUAAACACAAGGGCAUCUUCAGCAACAAGAAGACGGUAGCGGAUGACAUCACUGAGCACCCUAACCAAUAUAACAUCUAUGAAGGCCUCAGCAGUUUAACGAACAUCAGCCGGUACGACCUUCCCGAUCCCCUUGUUUACCGCGACUUCUUCCGUUUACACGCCCUGUACGAGUUCAAACCCUUGGCUUCCACAUGCAGUUACUUUAUGGGCUGCCCACUGGACAAGCUGGACAUUUCUAUUGCCUAUGACCUUCCCGAAUUGUUGGGCAAGUACAAGAAGAAAUCCAAAUCAAGAAUAUACGAGAGGGAAGAGGAAGCUGACAAGGGCAGGUGAAAUGUUUGCGAUUUCUGGAAAGUGACGUCAUGUACGCGUCAAGACCAGUGUUUGCCUGGCUCAUGUUUUGGACAUGAACCAGGCUUGUAGAAUCCCCGGCCUCUGAGAACAGGUGUUGUCAGUUAAUGAGCAGUUAGUUCGGAAUAUGCAGCAUUACCAAUAGCAAUUGAAUUAUCUGAAAAUUAAGAAUGAUGAAGAGAAAGUUUAUUCCUUACUCUUUGAUGAGGCCGAAUUUACAGUUUUGGAAAGAAACUCGAAGCCACAUUGGAUCCUUAUAGGCGAGCUCUUUGGUGCCAAAACAAAUCUUAAUUUCAAACUCUGUUGUUGAUCUGGUGCAAGAGGAGAAGCCUACACACACAUUCCCCACUAGAAUCAACUGAUUAUGCUACAUUCCCAUUAACUGACAACACACGAUCCGGAUGUAAUGAAUGGUAGAUGAAAACGUGCUGACUCAGUGCUUUUCUGUUUUUUUUUCUCUUUCUGUUUUUUUCUAUUGUGAUUUUCCUGAAUACAGUUUACAGGUUCAAUCUGUAUUUUGUGUGCCUUGAGAACAUGGAUUAAGAGAAAACCAAGGGCAAGUUGAAAGUGGGAAAGUUCGUAACAAACGCGUUUCUUUGCUUUAACCCUAGUAAAUAUUAGCUGAUGAUUUUCCUGUAAUGCGGUACCAUUUCAUAAAAUUACGUCUACAUUCUAAAAUAAAAAAUAAUACCUAAAAGCGCCAAAAUUGUCUAUUUUGGUAGUUCAAAAUAUUUAUCAACAGCUACGACACUUAGAUUUGUGAUAAUUUACUGUAAUUUCUAAUUCUAUCUUAAAAGGCACUGAGGGUAAAUAGCUCUUUGAAUUUUGUGUAGAUGAUUUUGUAAACUGAAGCCUAUUUUCAUGUAGUACUUAGUCAAUAUAUUUAAAACAAUGGUGAUUAGAUUAUUACUAACUCUUUGAUGUAAUAAAAUAAUUUUAUCCUAGCUACUUCUAUAUAGCACCGUGAACUAAAUUGUUAAAACACUUACAUAUAAGUAAAGUAAAAAAAUUGGAACGUGAUGUUUAAGAAAAAACUGCGCAAUUAAUUUUGAAUCAAUUGAAUUAUUGAGAAUUAAAACAUCCAAACACCGUGUUAUCCUUGAGAAGCUAUUCUUAUUUAGAACUCAUUACUUCUACUAAUCACGUUUCAAUUGCAGUUUUCAACGUAUUUGUAAUAAGUUAUAAAAGUUGUAAUUUAUAUUUUUAAAAUGCCAAAAAAUAAGAAUUUUGCAAUACUUGCUAUUUCCGGA